GGCCAGAAAGGGGAGGGACUCACCGGGAGUCUGAUUCUUUAAACAAACUUUCCAGUAGGACUGCCUGCUUCCCUUUCGCACCGCUGUGUCGGACUCAGACAAAAGGAGUUUGAGGGACUUUCAAAUAUUUCUACCUGAAGCCACGCCCAGGUCCAGUCGCCAACAUGUCGAGCAAGCGUGCCAAGGGAAAGACCACCAAGAAGCGCCCUCAGAGGGCCACCUCCAAUGUCUUCGCCAUGUUCGACCAGUCUCAGAUCCAGGAGUUCAAAGAGGCAUUCAACAUGAUCGACCAGAACAGAGACGGUUUCAUCGACAAGGAGGAUCUGCAUGACAUGCUCGCCUCUCUGGGUAAGAAUCCCUCUGAUGAAUACCUGGAGGGGAUGAUGGCCGAGGCACCGGGGCCCAUCAACUUCACCAUGUUCCUCACCAUGUUUGGAGAGAGGCUCAACGGCACAGACCCAGAGGAUGUCAUCCGCAAUGCCUUUGCCUGUUUUGAUGAGGAGGGAUCUGGCGUGAUCCAUGAGGACCACCUGAGAGAGCUACUGACCACCAUGGGCGACCGCUUCACAGACGAAGAGGUGGACGAGCUGUUCCGCGAGGCACCCAUUGACAAGAAGGGCAACUUCAACUACGCAGAAUUCACCCGCAUCCUCAAACACGGUGCCAAAGAUAAGGAUGAUGAGUAGAGGGAAAAACAGACUGCCUCGCAAUGUACCCCCAAACCAUAUACUGCACCACAAAUCAGUCCAUGGUUCCUACCUUUAUGGGCCUUGCAGGUUUGAGAGAAGUCGAAUGGGUAUAGUAUACAACAAAGUCUUUUAUAAAAGUGGCCACUGUGUCAUGUUCAUUUUGAUCUUCAUGCUUAUGAAAGGUAGGAGCUUGGGAUUCAUUUGGGGGCCACAGAAAUAUUUUGCAACAUUAUUUUUCAACUUGUAUUAUCAGUGAAGGUUAUCAUGAAGAGGGGUGCAAUUGCAUCCCAAGUCUACUGCAGCCUCAGUCACACUGACCGCAGUUAUUCUGACCUUUUUUUUUUUAAAAUCAUUGCAGCUAAUCUGUUUGGACUUUUGAGAUGUGUCAAACAUCAUACAUGUGUGUAUUGGCGGGGAGUGGCGUUUUAGACUGCCGCAUUCAGUGCUUCAUACAAUACAAGCAAUGUUUACCUCUUCCUGCCAAUUAGCUACCACACCUGCACAACCCUGCGAUAAGUCUCCUGACGUGUAAUAUUUGUAUCCCUGUAUGUUGGAAAUGGAUGAAAACAAAUUGUACUGAGUGUGUUUAUUAAAAGUGAUGAGCCCUUCCACAUGAUGAAGUGGUCUACCAGAGCUUUUAGUCUAAACUUAUAUCGGCUGGUUGAGUGUUUUUGUUGAAGGAUCAGUUAUGUCUGUGUGAUCGGGGGAAUUCAGUCUUGAAAUUGCUCAGGCAAAUAAAGUAAAUAUAUUCAUGCCUUUGAACAUAAAAAA